GUGGGGAAGACCGGAUCACCGGAAGAGGCAGAGGAAUCGCGCAGUGGGUAGAAGAGGCAGAGGAAUCGCGCAGAGGAAUCGCGUGGUGGGGAAGAGGAAGAGGAAUCGCGCAGUGGGGAAGAGGAAGAGCGCAGUGGGGAAGAGGAAGAGCGCAGUGGGGAAGAGGAAUCGCGCAGUGGAGGAGGUCGCGCCGUCGCGGUGCAGUGGAGGAGUCGCGCACUCGCGCUCGCAGUGGAGGAGUCGCGCACUCGCGCUCGCAGUGGAGGAGAUCCGUCGGUCCGUCCAAGGUCGCAGGAAGCUGAGGGGUUAGGCAUGGAGCGCGUAAGAAGAGGAAGGGAUUAUCCAUGUCUGGAGCACGUUAAGUGAUUAGGCAGGGAGCCGGCCGCGUACUGCCUGCUAUUUAAAUAGAACUCCAUCCACUGAUGCACAGCAGUACAGCACCACAACCCAACUCAAACCUCAACAUAGACAUGGUUUUCGGUUCUUCAAGCAAAAGAAAGCGUGCGGAUGAAAAAGAAGAUGAUGAUGUGCAAGUCGUCCAUGAGGUGCCUGUAGAUAUCCAAGAUGGUGGUGCAGACGCAGACAGUGGUGACGAAGAUGGAGCUGCGGCUACUGGUACGAAACAUCCACUUCUAGAUGAAAUUAAUAUUAUUGGUGUUCCGAGUGGAAAAAAUGUUGGUGGAACAAAGGAGUGGCAGUGUAAACAUUGCAAGAAAUCGUACAAAGGAAGUUUAACUAGAGUUCGUGUUCAUUUGCUUGGUCCAUUACCUGGUAAAAAAGCACAAAUUGCACGUUGUAUGUCAUUGCAAAACGAUCCCAACAAGAGCAAAGCUUUGCGGGAAAAGGUGAAAGAAGCUGAUAGUAAAGGAUUUCAUAUGAGAUCAACAUCAGGGACGACCACUCCGAAUCCGUUGACAAAAUCGUUUGGAGUAGCCCAAAGGGAGUCUGUCGAUAUGGAAAUUACCAAAUUUUUAUGUGCCAACGGUAUUCCAUUCAAUGUGUUGAGGAGCCCUCAAUUUUCACAAAUGAUAAUGGCAAUAAAAAAUGGUCCAAAAGAUUAUAAAGGUCCGUCGAGUGAAAAGGCAAGGACAACUCUCCUAGAUGCAUGCAAGAGAAGUGUGGAGACCGACUUAGCACCACUUAAAAGUACAUGGUUGACACAAGGUGUUUCGGUUGUGUCCGAUGGAUGGACAGAUAUAAAAAACAAGCCCCUAAUCAAUGUGAUUGCGUCGAACAGUCGAGGUUCAUGUUUCUUAUAUGCAGAAGAUUUCUCUGGAGUUGAAAAAACCGGUGAAGCUAUUGCACAAUAUCUCUUGAAGGCUAUUGAUGAAAUUGGACCAGGAAAUGUCCUUCAAGUGGUAACGGACAAUGCUGCUAAUUGCAAAGCAGCUGGAAAGGAAAUUGAAAAAGUGCAUAAGCACAUUUUUUGGGCCCCAUGCGUUGUUCACACGCUAAACCUUAUAUUCAAGGAUUUUGCUGUGAAAUUUCCAUGGAUGCUUGACACAUAUAAGACUGGAAAAGCAAUUGUCAAGUUUUUUCAGAAUCAUUGCCAUUGUUUGGCAAUGUUUAGAACCAACUCUCGUUUGGACCUACUUAAGGGAUACAUUCGAGGUGAACUAUUUAACCCCCAAAAAUGGACCAUUCCAGGGUUCGGUUAUGACUCACGCGGUAACAACAAGGUUUUCUUCCGAGCAACCAAUAAUAUGUACAGUCUGAAGAAAAUAUCCAUAAAAAGCAAGAGAAUUGCUGAUACAGUGGAAGCCUUGACUGGGGCCUACCUCAGUACUUGUGGUGAACUGGCUGCAGUUCAUUUUAUCAAAGCACUAGGAAUGGAUGUUGAACUGCAUAGUAAAAUGCAAGUUGAAAGGACUAUUACAACAAAAUCUGAAGAAUUAAUUGACGCGGAAAGCUUGCAGACAAUGCUCAAAUAUGUGUUCUAUGAUACUUCACUGUUAGUAGAAGCAUUGACACAUAGUUCUUACAAUAUUACUGGUAUUACAGCUUGCAAUGAGAGGCUUGAAUUUCUCGGAGAUGCUGUAUUGGACUACAUCUUAACUUAUUACUUUUACAGAAAAUACCCCAAUUGUACACCAGCACUGUUGACAAAUCUACGAAAAGCUUCUGUGAACAACUGUUGCUAUGCACAUGCAGCUGUUAAAGCAGGGUUACACAAGCACAUUCUUCAUUCAUCGUCAAAACAGAUGGUUAACGAUCUUGAGAAUUCAGGGCGGUCAUUUUCAGGCCCAUCACAUGGUUGGGAAGCUGGCAUUAGUCUCCCGGAGGAUCUCGCAGAUUUGUUUGAAGCAAUAGCUGGCGCAAUUUACGUGGACAGCGGGAACGACAAAGAGGUUGUCUGGAGUGCCAUCAGGCGGCUACUGGAACCUCUUGCCACCCCCGGGACCAUGGAGCCUGACCCCGUGUCGGAACUGAAGGAAUUAUGCGAGCACAAACACUACCCUAAGCCAUCGUACUCUCCAACUCGUGACAGUGUAGCUGGAGUGACAAGGGUGGUUGCACAGGUGACGGCUGCGCGGACUGUGUACUCCGGGACUGGAACAGGCCGCAACCAGGAUGUGGCAGAGGUUCUCGCUGCAAAGGCUCUGCUCAAAAAGAUAAAGGCCGCAGCAAGAGGAUGAAGCUUGGACUUGGCUUGGACCGGGCGGGCAUUUGAUAUUUGGGAAUUUGCGCACAUGAUAGCUGUUCUCGCAGAGGUAACAAAACAAACUACUGUAGUAUAUAAAUGUUGUGUAUAUGAAUCAAGGACAGUUGAACUACCCUUGGUUUCGAUAGCUGCAAAAUACAAAACAAAAAAAAACUCGAAUCUACUAUGCACAGUGGCUUCAUGUGGUGGACCCUUAAUGAAAUGAUGAAUUCUACGUGGCAAUUGGAAAGGAAAA